AUGGAAGAAAAUAAUAAACCAAGUAUUACAGCAGGAGUUGCAAGAACAUCAGUAUUGAUUGCAGGUGGUAGAACUUUGGCAACCAAUUCUUUCAUUAAAGAACAAUUGAAGAUCUCUGAGAAGCUCGACGAAUCAUUGAUUCCAUACUAUGAGAAUGUCUACAAGAAAGAACCAUGGUCUUCAAAUGUGGUAAAUGAUAAAAUUGCAACUUAUGACCCAUAUGCUUAUUUCUUUUGUUGUACCAAAGAAUCAACUGAAAUUCUCUUGGAUAUAGCGGAAACUUAUUUAAAUAUGAUUCCAAUACAAUAUGUUAGAAAUCAUAUUAUGAAAACUAUUGCUGCAAGGAAAGGUUUGGAUUGUAAAACUGUUGAAGAACUAAAGAAACACUUGAUUGAUAAUUGUACACCAAUUCAAUCACUAAGCAUUAUCUUUAUGGAUUCAAUGGAAUUAAGACUUGGCGUCAGAAAUAAAUUCAUUGAUGACUUUAUUCUGAACAACAUGAAAGAUCCUUCGAUCCUACAAUAUGUGAUAUUGGGAGCAGGUCUUGAUACACGUGCUCUAAGAAUGCCAUUUGCAGAAGGUUCAACCGUUUGGGAAGUUGAUUUCCCACAGACUUUCCAAUUCAAAGAGAUGGUUUUGAACGAAGCGGUCAAAGUGAUUCCACCUAUCUCCAAAGCAAAACUCCACCGUGUCACAAGCAAUGUCUUGGAAACCAAACAAUGGAUUUCAAGUCUUGAAGAAACUGGAUUCGAUAGAACCAAAAAAACAGUCUGGAUUUUGGAAGGUCUUGUCAACUACUUGCCAAAAGAGGAUGUCGCCGUGUUGUGUCAAGCGAUAUCGUCGGUCUCUGCCAGUGGAUCAUCGAUGGUCAUUCAAUCCAUUGGAAAUCAAGGAUUCUUUAGAAAGAUAUUUUCAACAAUGGUACCAUCGCCCUUGCAGGACGAGUACAAAUCAACCACUGACACACCAUGUGACUACAUCAAAGAUUGUGGAUUUACUGACAAAGUCGAGAAUAACACAGAAAAUGAUCUUUGUUCAAGAUAUGACUAUCGUUUAUUACAUUCUUUCUUCUCAAUGGAUACUGACUCUAUUAUUGCCACUGGAUACAAGCCAUAA